CCUUAUUUAAAUGUAAACAUGCAAAAUUCUACCCAAAUUUGGUUUUUUUCUCCACCGCUUUAAAUGGAAGGGCUUACCUACUUUAUUCGAUCUCCAUAUUCCUCUAAAGUUACAAUAUAAUACCAACACAAUAUUAAGUUACCUAAUUAAACAAAAACAAGGCUUUAUACAUAUUCCUAUUCCUAGUUUAAUACAAACUGUCAGACGUAAAAAAGAAGUCUAUAUAUAUACAUACAGACAAACCUCGCACCAAUACUUAUACCGACGUAAAAAGUUUCUAUAUAUAGAGAGAGACAGACAAACAUCGUUGUUACAUUAAGCUCAAACAUCAUGGCUCAAACCAUGACCUACAAACCAGAAUGUAUCUCGUAUUCUGCGUAUACAGAGGGAUUUCGAUUUCAUCCUACCGAUAGAGAAUUGAUGAAAUACCUUUUACAUUACGUAAUAGAUAAUCCGUUGCCUACAUUAGUUCCAAUUGAAGAAGAAGAUCUUUAUUUAAAAGACCCAUGGGUAUUUUUUGAUGCUAGAAAAGAGAAGACGAUUUAUUGUUUUACAGAGCUGAAGAAAUUGAAGAAAGGAAAUUUGAGAUUUGUUCGAACCGUUGGAGAUGGUUCAUGGAAAUCACAAGACAGAGGAAAAGCUAUAAUUAGUGAAAGAGGUUCGGUUUUGGGAUACAAAAGAAGUUUAAGGUAUCAAUUGAGAGGGUCCGAACACGAUGGACAAUGGCUUAUGAAGGAAUAUUCGUUAUCAGCGGAAGUCAAAAACCAAUUGCGUAAACAAUUACGUGAAAAUAACAAAGAAAAUUAUGUACUUUGCCGAGUGAAAAGAAAGAAUGGGGAAUACAGAAAGAAUGAGAAAGACGGUCCAACUGUACAAAAUGAGGCAAUUGAAACUGAAGAGCUCAAUGCUAUUAUUAGUGAUCCUCUUAAUGGCGUAUUAAAGCCAGUACCAACAUUGAAUCUCGCUCUCUAAGCCUGUAGAUUCUAACCAUUUUAGAUGAUAGCUUUUAUUAUUAUUUUUUCGUCAGAAUGUCAACUCAUUCUAAUAUUGUAAAUGAAUACUAAUUCAUUACCAUUGUUUAUAAUGGAGAUACAUAAUUAAUAAUAAAGAUGCACGAUUAUUUAUUUUUUUGUAUGAACAUUCAAUGCAACUGAAACUGAAACACGUUUUAUACAUCAGUUAUAAUAAUAUAUUCUUUCGAAAAGCAUAUAUUAGUUUGCUGAUGGGAUGGAAUUGGAAAAGGAGUAGUCCAAAAACCAGUCAGUUUGGAAUAAAAGGGAUACAUAAUUUACAACAGCUUCCCUCCUGCACACCAUCGGCAUAACGAGCUCGAGACUUCUAAGAGAGGAAAUUUGGAUACAAAAAUUACAAGAUCAGCCCCAAAAAUACGCUUAUCUUUGUGUGAUUAAAGAGCUACUGAUUUCCCCCUUUUC